AGAUAAUCGGUAUCGAAGAGAGUGAUCGUGAAGAUAACCGGUAUCCAAGAGAGUGAUCGUGAAGAUAACCGGUCUCCAAGAGAGUGAUCGUGAAGAUAACCGGUCUCCAAGAGAGUGAUCGUGAAGAUAAUCGGUAUCCAAGAGAGUGAUCGUGAAGAUAACCGGUCUCGUGAAAAUAACCACCAUAAUGUUUAUUAAACAUCCCAAACUCCAGUUCGGUAUUGGCCUGACUCUAGGUUUCCUUUUAUCAGUAAUAUUCUUUCAAUCUGGAAUUGUCUACAGACCACGUAUGCGCAUCCCUCAAACGCUGAUCACUGGUCACGUGAUCGGGAUAUCCGAGAUGGACACUGUGGAACAUGGACCCCACGGUGGACGGAUCAACGAUUCCCACGUCCACCACGACGACACUUCCGUAGCCGAUAAAAUGGCCCAACAAGUCCGCGUGCUCUGCUGGGUUAUGACGUCACCGACCAACUUCCGGACCAAAGCGGAUGUUGUCAAGGCAACGUGGGGACACCGCUGCAACAUCCUCCUAUUCUUCAGCUCCGUGGUGGACCCCCACCUCCCGACGAUCGCGCUCAACGUUUCUGAGGGCCGGCAACACUUGACAGCCAAGUCAAUGCACGCGUUCAAAUAUGUCUACGACCACUACUACGACCAAGCCGACUGGUUCAUGAAGUGCGACGACGAUACGUACGUCAUUGUAGAAAAUCUACGAUAUUUUCUGUCCACGAAAAACACGUCUGAUCCUUUCUUCUAUGGCCACCAUUUCAAGCCCAUAGUGAAGCAGGGCUACUACAGCGGAGGUGCUGGCUACGUGUUGAGCAAAGAGGCACUGACAAGGUUUGCUCAAAGAGACCCGGAUAUUUGUCGGAAAGACGGAGGGUCUGAAGACGCCGAGAUUGGGAGAUGUAUGGAAACACUAGGAAUUAGGACCGGCAACUCUACCGACGCUCUUGGUAGAUCUCGCUUCCACUGCUUCCCGCCAGAGGCACACGUGAACGGAGGGUUCCCCAAGUGGUACUACACCUACGUGAUGGGUGGUGCUAAGCAGGGUAUUGAAAAUAUCAGCGAUUACGCAAUCUCCUUCCAUUACAUAAAUCCGAGUUACAUGUUGAGUCUGGAGUUCUACGUUUACCAUCUCCGACCGUAUGGGAUCAGAACAGAAAACCAGGCUCUAAACUAAGUCACGGGUCUCUUGAGUCUCAGGCUGGUGUCGUCCUCAAGUAACCUUUGGGAGUUACCGCCCCUGUUGCUUUGACAACAAGGCGUGCCGGGGUGGUGAAUGAUAUGUAACGUGGUUCUGGUUACCUCGCAGAUGGAACGCCACAUUAAUUGAGAAAGACAGGACCUCCUUGUGAAUCUGACUUCAGGAGAAUUGCAUGGUCAUGUAUCUUAAACAGUCUGACACACUGACCAUAGUCAUUAUAAUUUUGCGAGUUUACUUUGGGGGGAGGUCGGCCAUGGCUUCCUGCGUCAAAGGGACACAACUCUCAUCUCACGUGACUAAACUUCCCGGUGUUGUCAGCUGGCGCUCGUGUCUCGCUACGUGAAGCAUCAAUGACAAAGGCUCCAGUAUGAAGAACUUUGAAUGUAACCAUGCAUGUAUUUGAUAUUGAACAUAAAGUGGGUGAUGAAA